CAUAUUUUGAAGCUUCUCCAUGGAAGAUAAACCAUCAAGUGUCUCCUCAAAGACCUUGUACUCCAAAAACACUGACCAUGCACUCAGUGUACUUUAAAAUGCACUGGCUGUUUAAUGUGAGAACUUGAAAAACAAAACAUCAAAAUGCCUUCAAACUCACACAACAGACGUUGGCCUGAGACAUAUGGCUUUUCAAUCUAUGGCCAUGCUCCUUGCUAUGUGGUAUGGGUCGAACGAGGCAGCAUUGCCCACAGUGCAGGAGUCAUGGCAGGAGAUCAGAUCCUGGAGCUCGAUUCCCAUGAUGUCUCUAACCUUUCCACCGAGGCCUUGAAAACACUUGCCAAGCACAGUCGAACUUCACCCCCUGCCCUGGGAGUGGUGUCAUGUGUGCAGUAUGUUGAACUAAAUGCUUCACGUCGCUAUGGAUAUGGCCUUAGUCUACGUGGUUCUCUGCCAGUUGUGGUGGCCUCUGUGGAGGCUGGGGGACCGGCUCACCAGGCAGGGGUCAGAGAAGGUGAUAUAGUUCUUGAAGUAAAUGGAAGAAAGAUCCGCAACUUCAAUGUGGUCAAGCCCCUCCUGGAUGCCCAGUUGAAUAAGCUCACUUUGGCUAUCAUUCCUAUCAACAGGCAGACAAGCACUAUGGAGACCAAGAUGAAAUCUCAGGGAAGUAGAGUACAGAAGGCAAAAGAACUAUUUGGAAAGAUGAAUGAUGUUCUGGGCAAUGAUUAUGAGAAGAAGAUGGCAGUUGUUGGUGUCCUGAAACAAUAUGCUGAAGAUAGACAGGUUGACAAAUUUGCCAGAGCACUAGCCAUACUUCUGAAAACUGCUCAUCACAGGAAACUCCUCAGAGAUAUUAGGCUAUUUGUCCCACUGAAGCACAGAGUACGGUUUGAUCAGCUACUGGAACAUGAUCCUCAGAUGUCUGACUGUGACACAAGUGAUGUAUCUAGUCACCCAGACUCUCCCAGAUCUCCAACAUUUAGGACAGAAUCAAGACAUAUUAGAAUACAGCGUCCUGAAGAUGGUAGCUUUGGCUUUAUUCUCCGCGGUCACAACCCUGUACAUGUGGAGUCUAUAGACCCCGGGGGCCCUGCAGACCAGGCAGGACUGGUCCAUGGGGACUGUAUACUGAAACUCAAUGGCCUGGAUGUCAGACAUUGUAGCCAUAGUCACUUAGUGCGUUUACUACAGGGCAGUGGAAGUUUUCCCACACUGGAAGUUCUGCAUCAGUUUGACCAGAAUGGAUUCUCCACAGUGCGCCCUAUGUCUGACCAGUCUUCCACGUCCAGUCAGACAUCCUCAGGGUGGCUGACAGAGGCUAGCCAAGUGGUGGACAGGGAGGGGAAGAAUUUUAAACAAAAAGUUGAAUUUUUGCUCACUGGAAAAGAGAAGUCUUCUUUGAAAAAAGCACUGUCUAGAUACAACCAAACAAAAAACAUCAAACAGUUUGUGAAGGAGAUGUCUUCUUUACUGGACACUCCAUCCAAGAGAACGCUGUGGGUGUUUGUGAUCCCCAUCAUGUCCAAGGCACACCAAGACUACUGUAUCAAGCAGAUAGAUGUCCCUAGGCAUUUGUUGAUGGAUGUUGUGCAACAAAGUAGUAGUAGUAGCCGUGUCUCUGGCAGCAAACCUAACAUGGUUUCCUUCAUAGAUGCUCUGGAUGGGGAAGACGAUAGCCCUCCACCACCACCUCAACAACAAACCAAUGUUAAAAAGCCUUUUUUAGGAAUUGGUCCCAGCCACAGUCCAGUUCCUCCUGACUGGGGUUGGGGUAGUGCCGACAUGAAUCAGAACGCCACACUGGGCUCUUUUAAACAGCAGCUAGACUACCUGCUGACAUCCAGGGAAAGGUCUCUGUUGAAGAAAGCUUUACAGAUAUAUGCAGAAAAGAGGAACAUCUACCACCUGAUGGAAGAUGUGUGUGCCAUUCUGGACACUCCAUCCAAACAGGCCUUGUGGUACUCCAUAUUGCCUUUGCUAUCAGAAACACAUCAGGAAGUUUGUAGAAAAGAACUCAACAUUCCCACACCAGACCAACCAAGUCCACGAGGGGAAGACCUAAAUUAUAUGUCAGACAGUAGUGCAUCAUCUGGUGUCCCCAGGGGCUUCACUCCAAUGGACAGCUAUAUAGGAGAGAUUACACUCCCUGCUGCCCCCAAGGAGGGAGAUGUCACUUUUUAUAACCAGGGUGAUGAAUUUAAUUUUGUGGGUGAAGCAGCAAAUUUAUUGAAAUCACCACGUGAGAUGACUGAUUCCUCAGAGUGGGACAGCGACUCGGUAGUCCCGCCACUCCAGCCACGUCACCACAGACCCAGUUCACCAACUCGCAGACUCUCUUCUCGUGGAAGCUACGAUGUAGAAAGAAGAUCAAAAUCAAAGAUGAAUGGCUACUCUGGACCUGUGAAGACCUCUAGCUACAGGAUGACACAAGAUGGCCUCUCUGUGGGGGUCCAGGUGGACAGUACUGACUUUGCCCAGGAGAGAGAAUACACUUCACAUAAAGGUCACAAAAAGACUCCUCGUGUGAAGAUAGUUAAGGACACUGAGUGCCAAACAGGUCACGUGUCAAGGUUAUCCUAUGGUUUUGAAGACCAAGAACUGACCCUUGACCCCGAGGACAAGGCACUGCAUAAAGUAGCCAACAAGGGCAAAGCUCAGAUACAGCAACAUGGCGGCCUACCAAUUCGACAUGGCUAUGAAAUUAUACCCACUUCAAAACAGAAUGGCCAUAAUGAUAAUCAUGAUAAUUCUGGGCAUGAGCACUCUGGAUAUAAUGAUAACCCAACAAGUAAAGGCGGAGGGCACAGAAGAAGGAACAUGGGUGGUGGUGAGGCUGGGAGAAGGAUGGAUCCUUUUUUAGAGGUAGAUUAUGAAAGCGAUGAGACUUUGACCAACGGGAAAUCUGGCAAAGGUCUUCGCUCUCAGGAUUCCUUCAACUCCAAGGCUAUGCAUGCAUUGAAGGCAUUGGAUGAUGUGGUAGCCAAUGAAAUCUCAGACAUUGAUACAUUGUCAUUGGCACCAAGUGUGCCCCCCNGAUGUGGUAGCCAAUGA